GAUCCUUGUUUCUUUGCCCGCCCUACCCCGUCUCUCAAAAUUUGAAUGUUGUUUCUUUCUCUCUCAUCAAAUCAUAAAGUUUCAAUCUUUCUUCUAAAACAAUGUUCUUGGUACCAUUGUAGGACACCCCUUGUUGAAAUUCAAAUCUCUUCUUCUUUCUUUCCCUCAAUACUAUGACCCUUCCUUUCUCUAGUUCUAUUCAAUAGACCAAACCAAACCACACCAUUUCAUGGGGACAUGUUUGAGUAAGAAGAAAGGCUCUUCAACUACUACCAAUUCUUCUCUCGCUGAAACCAAGUCAACCACAACAACAUCUGUUGUGUUUGAGUGGAAGAAGAAUUCUUCUCAAAAUGGUAUCACAGUUUCCAACCCAAAAGUGGAAACACAGCCAGAACUGAAGCUGAAGAAGGAUGAUUCAGUACAUGAACAUAAAGGGCAAGUGAAAAAAGAGAUUUUUAUCAUCAAACACAGGAAGAGCCAUGAUGAAGCAGCUGAGAUAAUAGGUAUGAGAACUUCAAGCUGUACUAAAGAAGAUGUGGAUGCGAUUCUUGUACAUUGUGGGAGACUCAGCAGAAACUCUUCAGGUAAAGCUUCUUCUUUUAAGGAUCAAAGAAGGAGAUUCUCGGGUUCGAACAGAAGUAAUGAUUUCGAUGACAAUGAUACAAUUUUCUCUGAAAAGGACCAAAAGAUUAGUGAUUUGCAUGAGAAUGAUUGGAGGGAGCCUGCAGAGAAACUGCAGUUUCAAUCACCAAGGUCACUUUCACAGGAUGGAAAUAGAACAAGAAGAAGAAGAAGAAGAAGAACGCCGAGCAGAGAAAGAGAGCAGGAACAAUGUUCAAGCAGCAUAGAGAGGAGAUUUAGUAUAUCGCCUGUAAGAAGAUCUUCAGAUACCUCCACAUUACACAGCGCAAGAAACAACACCAGUACUAGCUCUAAGCCUGCAAAAAUGGUGUCUGUCCCUGCUACUGUUACAUCUCUUGUAAUGGAUAAAAGUAAUAAUAAUGAUUUUGGAGAAUCUGCGGCAGCUGCAACUGGUAUAAAGAGGAUUACAGUUAGGAGAAAUGUUGGUGCGGCUUCACCGCGUUCUCAAUCUCCUGCAAAAGCUAAUGGGAGUGCAACAAUUCAGCAGCAGCAACUAUCGCUUAGCCGCAAUUCCUCGAGGAAAAAAGAUGAAUCACCAUACAGAAGAAAUCCACUGAGUGAGCUUGAAUCUAACUCCAUCGCUAUUCCACAUUCAGCAACCAAUUAUAACAACAGCAGGAUGCAAAACAGAUCCAACAUGGAAGUUGAAACAGAAGCUAAACAGAAACCAAAUGCCAGCAGAAUUGCAUUGGACAAGGGUGUCGAUGCGAAGUGCAAGACAAAGAUAAAACAAGAUGAAGAUGUUAAAGUGAUGUCUUCGAUGACUGAUAAUGUUGUUGUCAAGACAGUGGUGCCGCCGGUGGUUGAAAACCUAAAACCCCAGAUAUUAACAAGAAGCAGAUCUUCAAGGCGUUCACGAGACUUAGAGCUAGACCUCAACCCUGAAGAUCUUUUGAUUCCUCCACAGUCCUACACCUCACUACUGCUUGAAGAUAUCCAGAACUUCCAUCAGAAAAACACACCAACCCCACCAUCUGUUUCUCUCCCAGCUUGUGUUGCUAGAGCUUGCUCUAUCCUUGAAGCUGUUGCUAAUCUCAACUCCGAUACCAGCUCAAGUUUAUCUGGUGUAGAGGACAGGAGAAGUCCAUCAGGUUAUCAGUCCAGUAGGAAUAGAUACAAUGUUCCAUUGGGUACUAGCAAUAGUUAUGGGAAGAGAGUGGCAGAUACCAAGGAUCCAAUUGUAGAGUCUGAGUUAAUUGUUUAUGAUGAAAUGGUUGAACCGAGCUUACAUAAGUUUGAGACAAUGAAUAUGGGUAGUCCAAACAUGGAGAAGCAAGAAUCUUCAAGAAGCAGCAGCUUAAGUGUGUCUUCUGUAGCAGGUCGAGUGAACGUGGAUGGAGCAAAGAAGAAAGUGAACAGCAAAACGAGAGUGUGAUUACCAGCAGGACAAUGAGACGGGCGUGGCAGGCUUGGCGCCAGUAAUUAUCUUCACAUGAAACCAGUUGUCACAGCAGCUGCAUCCACAUAAAUGAGUUCACCAUCUUCUUUUGUCAUUAAUAUUCCCAUGAGUUUGAUAUUCCUUCUGUUUGGAGUUGCCCACAGCUGCAUCCACAUAAAUGAACUCACCUUCAUCUUGUCAUUAAUAGUCCCAUGAGUUUGAUAUUCCUUCUGUUUGGAGUUGCACACUCUGCAACCAGUUUUCAUUUAAUUAAGGUCCAUGUGAAUAUUGUUCCUAUUUCAGUUGUAAUAACAUUAUGUUUCUUUAUUUCUUCAAAUAAAAAUGCAUAAAAGGGAUCAGUUA